GGUUUUAAUUACCUACUAUCGUUAUCUAUUCUUGUGGCUGCAAUAACCACUUCACAAUGUGUAAAAGAUGCCAAAUACAUGGUUUUAUUACCAAAAAGCUUCCGACCAUGUACCCCCUAUACAUUUAGUGCCCGGGCAUUGGGCAAAGCAUCUUAUACUCUAACAGCUCAAAUUGAACACGGUAGCUCAAAUGACCCUACAGUGGUUGUUGCCAGUAAACCUGUCAACAUAAGAACUACACGAAAGAUAACAAUGACGCCACCAUGUGAUUUAACGUGGAAAAGUUACUAUAUAAAGGUCACAGGAACUGGUGGAGCAAACUUUACAGAUAGACAAUAUUUGAAUUUUAACACUAAAAAUCUGGAAAUUAUAAUUCAAACAGAUAAAAAACUUUAUAAACCAGGACAAACAGUUAAAUAUCGAGUAUUUGGUGUGAAGCCUGAUUUACAAGCAGUACAAGAUACAUUUGAGGUCACAGUUACUGAUCCUAAAAAUAACAAGAUUCAACUUUUCACCUCAAACGGCGAUUCUUAUGGUGUUGUUGAAAAUGAAUUGAAACUGUCCAGUGAACCAAUAUUUGGAACAUGGCAGAUUAAAGCUUCAACCAAGGGGUCAGAACAUGUUCAAACAUUCAAAAUUGAAAAAUAUGUUUUACCAAAGGCUGAAGCUAAAGUUAUUAUGCCAUCCGUUGUCGGUGAAAAGGAUACUAGCAUAUAUGUUAAAGUUUCCUCACAAUAUACAUUUGGAAAACCUGUAAGCGGUCUUGCUGAAAUUCGAAUCAAAGUAAAUUGGUAUGCUACUAGAAAGUGGCAAAAAGAUCCAGCCACAGGAAAAUAUGGUUAUAUAGACGUCACACAACCCGAUCUUAUGUAUGAGAUACAGCUUGAUAAAAAUGGAGAAGCAUCUGUAUCAAUACCCAUGACAGAAUUAAAGACAAUAGCUUACAGAAAUUCCAUUUCCUAUAAAACGAUAGUUGGUCAAGUUAAUGUCACAGAUAAAGAAACCGGUGCUAAAUAUAUCUCUCAGCCCAGUCAGGUCUCAAUUUCAAGAACCAGAGAAAAGAUCAGCUUUGCUCUGAAUCCACAGAACUAUAAACCUGGAUUCGUCAACAAACUCUUUAUUGAAUUAAGACAACAAGAUGGUAAACCAGUACAAAAUCCCAAAACAGUAACAGUAACUAGUAGAGUCAAGGUUGAGAUUAUCAAACCUAAAGUUUUGAAGGAACCUACCACUACACCAAAAGCAAAGGUACCAGUAGCUGUCCCUGGAGAACCAGUCCCUAUCGAACCUGUUAUGGAAAGAAUGAUCGCAUUGCCUUACCCAAAAAUAGAUUGUGAAUCUCCCGAAUACGAAUAUAAAGAUUUACCAAAUAAAACACUCAGUGUUCCUGCCAAUGGUUUGGUACCAUAUGAUUUACUUGUUACAGAAGAAAAUUCCAGAGAAGUCACUUUAAAGGCUGUUUAUGAUGGUGAUACAGAUGUCACAAUUUCUCAAACAUUAACAGCUUUCAGAUCUCCCAGCAACACGUUCCUGUCGCUAACUCUUACUACACCAAAACCGGCAUCGGGACAGAAAGCUGAAUUUGUCAUCAAAGCUACCAGAGAAUUUGAUCUGGUAUAUUAUACGGUCUUGUCUCGAGGAUCAAUUGUAUUGUCCAGUUUUGAACAGUUUAACUCUGUUGCAAGAGUCCAAAAGUUGGUCCUUCCCAUAGAAAGUCUUAUGGCACCUAAACUAAGAAUUAUUGCUUACAUUCGAGUUGAAAAUGACGAAAUUGUAGCUGACGCUAUAUCCUUUAAUGUCGAAGGUGUCUUCAAAAACAAGGUUUCAUUAAAGUUCGAUGCCAAAAAAGUAAAGACUGGAUCAGUAUCAACCCUUGCUGUUGAAGCUUUCAGAGGUUCCAACGUGUAUGCUGUUGCUGUAGACAAGAGUACAACUUUACUGGGUGAAGUUUCAGAUGACCACAGUCAAGAUGUUCAAGAUUUCCUUCAUCAAUUGGAUAACGGAUUCACUCCAUAUUAUGGUGGACCAUGGCUGCGCGGGGGUGGCAUGAUUGCCUUUAGGAAGAAGAGAGAAGCUUUGCUCAGAAAGAGGCGUGAAGCCGAAAAACGAUCCAAACGAUCUAGUAUAUGGUGGCCAUAUCCCUUUUUCACAUCCGGUACUGAUGUUGAAGAUAUGUUUAGGAAUACGGGAUUACAUGUUGUAUCAGAUGCUUUGAUUUAUCAACACAAAGAACCAAGAUCCUGCUAUCGAAUGUACAAUAGAUUUAUGCCCAUGAUGGCUAUGGCUGAUGUAGGUAUGGGAGGUCCUCCUGUAAUGGAAAAUGCAGCUAUGGGCGGAGCUGGAGAAGAUGUAGAAACCAGAUCAUUUUUCCCGGAAACAUGGAUUUGGGACAGUCAAAACGCCGGCUCAGCAGGAAUCGCCAACUUUACACUCAAGGUACCAGACACCAUCACAACCUGGGUUGCCAGUGCUUUUGCUAUUAGUAAAAAUCCUUCAAUUGGAGUCGGUAUGACGUCAGAUGUAGCUGAGUUGACAGUAUUCAAAGAGUUUUUUGUGUCAUUAAACCUGCCGUAUUCUGUUAUAAGAGGUGAAGAAAUACGUUUACAAGCUACUGUGUUUAAUUAUCUUGGUUCAGCUGCCAAUGCGGAAGUGAGACUAGAGAACCCUAAAGGUUAUGUAGUUGUUAAAGUGGAUAAUGGUGGAUUUGAAUAUGAAUCAACACAAACACAAACAGAAACCGUUCAGGUACCCAACGACGGAACUGCCAGUGUAUUCUUCACAAUCCGAUUCCUAGAAGUUGGUAAUAUUGACCUCCAAGUGUAUGCAGGAACAUCUGGUGCUGGUGAUAGAGUUGUUAGACCAAUGUUGGUCGAGGCUGAAGGAAUACCACAAGAAUAUAACGAAGUAGUGUUAGUUGAUUUAGAUGAAAAUCAAAGAAAAUUUAAUCAGAGUAUACAGAUCAGAUAUCCUAGUGAUGUUGUUCCUGAUUCACAGAGAAUUAUCAUCACUGCUUUUGGUGACCCAUUAGGAUCAGCACUGAACAAUAUUGAAGAUUUAAUCAGAUUACCAAGUGGCUGUGGAGAACAGAACAUGAUCAACUUUGUACCAAAUAUCUAUAUUAGGAAAUACCUUGAUGCUACUGGACAAUUAUCUUCUUCUUUAGCUGCUAAGAUCAAGAGUUAUUUACAAACAGGUUAUACCACAGAGUUGAGAUAUAAAAGAUCUGACUAUUCAUUCAGUGCCUUUGGUGAUAGAGAUGAUUCUGGAAGUCAAUGGUUAACAGCUUAUGUAUUGAGAACAUUCAUUGAAGCUAGUGCUCAUAUUUAUGUUGAUGAUAGAAUUCUAAGUAAAACAGCCGCGUAUUUGAUUUCUAACCAGAAUCCUGAUGGUACAUUCCGAGAACCUGGUCGAGUAAUUCAUAAAGAAUUAAAGGGAAGUUCGUUCGAAGGUGAUGGUUUAAAUGCAUUUACCUUGAUUGCUCUUUUGGAGGUCAAAGAUAAAAAGGUAACAGCUGAAGCAAUAAAAUCAUCUGUAACUCAACUUGAAGCAGCAUCAGCAACUAUGACUAAUAUCUACGACCUAGCUAUCACAGCAUAUGCCUUACAUAAGGCUGGUAGUAAAUAUGCAGCUCAACUUUUAGCUAAACUAGAGUCUAAACAGACAUCUCAAGAUGGUAUGGUAUAUUGGGACGUAGUUGUUGAAUCUGACAGAGCUCAAUAUUAUUGGAAUCCACCACAUAGAAAAAGCAGUCCAGUUAAUAUUGAGGCUACAGCCUAUGUUUUAUUAACUUAUGCUGAAAUGAAAGAAAAAUUAAAAGGCUUGCCUAUUUUGAGAUGGUUGAUUUCCCAGCAAAAUGGAAAGGGUGGUUACUCUACAUCCCAGGAUACAGUUGUUGCUCUUCAAGCUCUGUCUGAAUAUGCUACAAAUCUCUCUAGUGGUAAUUGGGAUGUCACCUUGGAUAUAUUUGUCUGCAGAGAACGAAAACGAUGGAAGGUUUCCAAGAGCUCCGCUACUAUUCAAAGGAAAUGGGUGACCAAAGAAACGACAUCCAGUGUUGAUAUUGUAGCUAGAGGUCAAGGCCGAGCUGUUGUCAUGUCUACAGUAAAAUACAACAUUGCUGAAGUAAUAGUUAAGUCAACCUGGGGUCUUCGUGUUGCUACAGAAUCUGAAACUAAAGAUGUUCUUAUUAUCCAAGCAUGCUUCGAAUGGACUGUUAAGGGAGAAUCAAGUGGUAUGUCUCUACUUGAAGUCGGUUUGUUAAGUGGUUACACGGUGGAUGAAGUUCCUCUUAAUGAAAAUAAACUCAUAAAAAGAAUGGAAACAGCGAAGAAAAAAUUCACCUUAUAUAUUGAUGAGGUGGGCAAUAAACCAAUAUGUAUCAAACUGCGAUUAGUGAAAGCAGAAAUUAUUGGAAAAUUAAAACCCGGUUUUAUCAGCAUAAUAGAUUACUAUAAUCCAGAAAAUAGUGCUACAGCUUCUUAUAAAUCUACAUUGGGUGAAGGUGCUCCAGUGUGUGCUCUCUGUCCACAAGGAGCCUGCGGAGAUUGUGUGGGUUGGAAAGAAGCGAUAAAUGAAUACAUAAAUACACUGAAAGUCCUUGUAUAUUUCAAAUUAAAUUAAGUAUUUCAAAUAUU